AUGAGACCCUUGAAGGUGUGCGCCUGCUCCGGCUCACAAAAGAAGCGCGACCCCUUGAGGAACGAGCAAAUGGCAGAGAUGUCCCAGUGGUCCAAGCUCAGUGCACCAGCCGGUCCCUUCUUCUGCGUCCUCAGAAUCAUAUUCUGGUGA